UGCUUAUGUGUUCUUACUGCGUGAGGUUGCAAACCGUUUCGGUGGUGAAUAUUUUUGUGGAGAGCAGCAGCAACUACAAUUUUUAGAAUUGUUAAACGUGCAUUAAUUAUUAUCGUAUAUAAACUGGGAGGGAAAACUGUGCAAACCAUAUUAAGAAAGUGUUAAACAAAAACAAGUCAAACGACCCCAAAAACAGUGAGCAAAUCGGUACACUGAGAAAUUCAAUACACAGACAAAAUGGUCAACGUUGUGCCAGACAAUGGCGCCAAACAUGGGCCACAGGAAAUGGAACAAUUCCUUCCCGGCGAUGGCACCAAAUACAAGAUUCAGCCGCGUAAAUCAGAUGCCGAGCAGGCCUUGGCUAACAAUGAUUUCGAUCCAUUUGCGAUGCGAGACAAUGAGCAUCCCACAACUGAUAGAGAAACUUUGACGCAUUUGCUGAAGGCCUCGUUGGGCACUGGCAUUCUGGGCAUGCCCAUUGCCUUCAUGUACUCCGGUCUUGUCAUGGGCAUCAUUUCCACCAUCAUCACUGCCAUCGUCUGCACGCACUGCAGUUACGUGCUGGUCAAGUGCGGUCACAAACUGUAUUACAGAACACGUCGGACCAAGAUGACAUUCGCUGAGAUCGCCGAGACAGCAUUCCAAAGGGGUCCCAAAUGGUGCCGUCCGUUUGCGCCCGUAGCCAAGUUCUCCAUAUUGUUUGGCCUCUUUCUCACAUACUUUGGCACUUGCUCCGUCUACACGGUGAUUGUGGCCAAGAACUUCGAACAGGUGCUGGAGCAUUGGCUGAAGUUCGAUAUUGAUUCGCGUGUGCUCAUCGCCAUAUUGCUGAUACCAUUGAUCAUUAUUGCGUGGGUGCCCAAUCUCAAGUAUCUGGCGCCCGUUUCCAUGAUCGCCAACGUCUUCAUGGGCCUGGGACUGUUGCUUACAUUCUACUAUCUGGUUCAGGAUUUGCCAUCGAUUGCCGAUCGUGAACUCUUCACCUUUGGCACGCUGCCGAAUUUCUUCUCAAUCACCAUUUUUGCAAUGGAGGCCAUUGGUGUCGUGAUGCCGCUGGAGAACAACAUGAAAACGCCAAAGAAUUUCCUCGGCAUUUGCGGUGUCCUCAGCCAGGGCAUGUCCGGUGUUACGUUGAUCUAUAUGCUGCUCGGUUUCUUGGGUUAUCUGCGCUAUGGCGAUGCCACCCAUGAUAGUAUUACCCUGAAUCUGCCCACAGAAGAAUGGCCUGCUCAGGCUGUGAAAAUUUUGAUCGGUUUGGCCGUCUAUUGCACAUUUGGACUGCAGUUCUAUGUGUGCCUAGAGAUCGGCUGGGAUGCCAUCAAGGAGAAGUGCACCAAGCGUCCCAUUUUCGUCAACUAUGUGCUGCGCACCGUGCUGGUUACUGCCGCUGUUGUGUUGGCCAUUUCAGUGCCUACAAUAGCACCAUUCAUGGGUCUCAUUGGUGCCUUCUGCUUCUCCAUACUCGGUCUCAUCUUUCCGGUCUUCAUUGAGAUCAUUGUGCACUGGGACACCGGAUUUGGUGCCGGCAAUUGGAUCAUUUGGAAGAACAUUAUCAUCACGUUGUGUGGCAUUUUUGCUCUUGUCUUUGGCACACAGAGCGCCAUCAAAGAUAUCAUGGCAACCUACAGUACAGCCCCAACUCCAGCUACAAUACCAGCGCCCUCAACGGCCUAAGCUGGCCACAGAUUUAAUCUCCUGUGCAUAACAAACACACUCACACAUACACAAAAUCUGUCAUGCGAGAAAAAACACAGUGCUAUACCAAGGGAUAUAUAUUUAUUAUAUACACUAUAUGUAUACAUUUGAGAGAUAUACUUUUUAGCAUAGUUUGUAGUGUUGCAAAAUGAAAACUAGAGCUGCACAGGCUCCGUUUCACUUUCCUAGGGAAUCUAACUAUUGUUGGAUGUAAAACAACAAUCCCCCCAAACAAAAACCAACCAACCAACCAACACAUUUUGUAAAUGUUUUCUUCGUUUUCACGUUUAAACGCAUUGGAUAGUAGUACCCUAAGGUUUACUAUACACCAUAUUAUACACUUUACUACUACUUAUACUAUAAACUUAUUCGAGUGCCUAACUAUUUAGCACACAAGCAGCACCAAGAAAACAGUUUAAGCACCAUUUUUGUAGUAGAUAUGCAAAUGCAAUUAUAUUAAUUAGUUGUUGCGCGUACAUUUUAGUACCGAUUGAAACAGUUAACUAGCUUAAACUCGUACCACAAACAAACAAAAGAAAAAGAAAAACGUUGAUGGCUAAAUGAAAAAGACUUUAUACCUUCAAUCCUAUAUCCAAUCCCAUAUUCCUGCUCCGUUUCGAUUUCAAUCUGUUCUAUAAGUAUUACGAAAAGAGAAAACAAAAGCAAAACAAAAAAUUGCAGGCGUAUACAUAUUUUUUAGCUCAACUUUUUAGCAUGUUUAGUUCAUAAGCAAUACGAUAUAUAGUCCUAGUUUCCCUCGCGAAGCCUCGCCCCAACAAAAAAACACUCUGUCAACAUUCGGAAAAAGAAAAAAAAAACACAAAAGACUUUUAUUUUUGUACAUACAUUAUA